GCCGGAACGGCUCUUCUUUAUCCUCUCGCCGAGCAACCGACGCCGUCCACUCCGGCUUCGCCAGUUCGCCUCCUUCGCCGUCGCCAUGGCCGACGCUAAAUCCCAAGGCCGAGCACCGACUACCGCUCCCGCUCCCGCUCCCGCUCCCACAUGGGCGCAACGGACCGAGGCCCUGACACACAUCCUGACCCACCCGUCCCACUCGCCGUCGCUCCACUCGCAGCUCUUCCUCGCGUCCCGCGUCCCGUGCCCACCUCGGGGCUCCUCCUACCCGCCUUUCCUCUGCCCCGGCGCGUCGCUCCUCCGGUGGGCCCUCACCUCCGUCUUCCUGCCCCGCGCCGCGCGCCUUGGCCUGCCGCCUUCGUCCUGGCGCUCCCGGUGCCCCUUCCAGCUCCCGCCGCCGCUCGUGCCCUCCGCCGGCAUCGAGCCGGCACCGGAGCGGUGGACCGAGGCCGAGCUCCGGGGGUACGCGCAGCGGCGGCGGGCUCGGAGGGGGCCCAUGAGGACGCGGCCGCCGGUGUCCAUGGCGGGGGUGGUGCUGACGACCGUGCCCAACAUCGUGAUCAUCGUGGUCAUCAUGCGCGAGCUCUUCUGGGUCCGGCCUGGCCGCUUCUGAGCCAUUCAGGAUCAGGAGGCACAUGGAUCUCAACUGCUCCAUCAAGCACCUGGGUCAUCUUAUGCAUUUUAGGGCGUGUCGCUUGCUCCUGUCAUUGCAGUAGUUGGAGUUCCCUGGUUCGAUCACUUGCCAUACUCAACCUAUUUACAGGUUGACUCCACACACCGCAGUGCCACUGCCACAAACAGCUGGACCCUCUUCAUGUCAAGGGAAGCUGCCUUGUCUUCCAGCACCAGAAGAUUGAUAUAUCCAGCCCAGUCCGUUAGAAUUGCUCUAUCCUCAUGAGAUAUUUCUUGUUCAACAUUUUACCUGCAAGAUAUGAGCUCCAAAAAGGGUAGAUGAGGGGAAGGUUUACAAGGAUAGAGCGUCCAUGGAGCAAAAGAGGUCCCAAGGACCCAAUAAUAUGUCUUGUCUUUCUUC